CUGACCCAAACUCAGAGUCACGUGACGGAUACUCCAUCCUCGCCAUUUUGCAAUGUGUGAGAUAGGCCACUUUUUAUGGCUGACAAAUAAAACAAAUGCCUUUAUAUGUUGAGGACAAAGAGCGGCAAUAGUUUCCGUUAUAGAUAUGGAUGACAACAGCAGUGUUGCUGUUCUCAUCACAAAGUCCUCCACUGCAUCCACGUCCUCUCUCAGUCAAGCCCACUCUCAACAAGAUACCGGUCAGGACUGCCCAUCGGGUAACCAUCAGAGGCAAGCGGAUGACUCCCUCAUCCAGGUCAUUGAGAAGCUCAGUAAGAUAGUUGAGAAGCAGCCACAGCGACACUUCCUCCUUGGUGGACAGAAAAAAGUCUCUUCUGUCAGCGUAAAAGGAAGUGAGGAGGGCUUAAGCUGGGGAGGCUCUGCUUACAAGAAAAUGAGAAAGAGCUGUAAUGAGGAGGUGAAGACAGAUGGCCGCAGGGCUGACUGCCCCCUUCCUGUUCCCGUAUCAGGAGGUGAUAACAACAAUAACAUCGCCUCCACGGUAAACGCUGACCACAAGUGGACGGUCACAUGCUAUCAGUGCAGUCUGUGCCCCUAUCUGUCUCAGACGCUGCCGCAUCUCAAAGAACACCUGAAACAACACAACGAGCAGCACAGUGACCUCAUCCUCAUGUGCUCCGAGUGUCACUUUACCUCCAGAGACCAGGCGCAGCUGGAGGCACACGUCAGACUGCACUUCCACGACAGAGGCGACCCAAAAAGGAGUUCUGUUCAUUUAAAUCCACUCAUCGAGGGGGAGGGAAAGGUUUUAAAAAAGGAGGGUGAGGGAGGGGAUCAGAGAGGAGUAGAAAGUUCUGUGGAAGAUUCGAAGGAGCUGCCACAAAAGAAGAAAUGGUAUAGCUACGAGGAGUAUGGUUUGUACCGCUGCUUGAUCUGCAGUUACGUCUGCAGCCAACAGCGAAUGCUCAAGACCCACGCAUGGAAGCAUGCCGGCCUUGUGGACUGCACCUACCCCAUCUUUGAAGAGGAGGGGGGUUCAACAAGGGGAGAGAUGCAGCCCGUGGCCGACAGCGGUGCUCUCCGAGAAGAUUUAGUGGUUAUUUCUCCAGUUCUUCAAGAUAAAAGCAUGCCAAAGCUCCCAGCUGGGUUCAGUCUCCAGCUCUGCAUGCCUGUGACUGUAGAGAACAAACAAGACGUGUCGAAUCUCAACAAAAGCCCCAAAUCUGCUGACGAAGAUGAGGAGAGUGGAUAUUCAGUCAAAGAUUUGAGCCCUGAGGAGCCUAUGGUGGAGGUGCAGGUCACGACGGAGACGGCCAUGGCGACCAAAGGUCCUCAUGAUUGUCCCUCUGUUACUGACAGCUUGUUGUCCUCUGCUCAGAAGAUAAUCAACAGCAGUCCAAACAGUGCCGGUCAUAUCAACGUGAUCGUAGAGCGCCUUCCUUCAGCUGAAGACUCCGUCAUGGUGACCAAGCCGCUUCUUCUGGGCCCGGAAGAGGACAAGAGGUUACUGAAUGAGGAAGAGGACUUAAACCAUGUGGCAGUUGUGAAGGGAGAGGUGGACCAUAGCUUCAGUCCACAUAAACCUACUACCACUCAGCCAUCAGAGGGAGAUGCUAAGUUAUCUGUCGUGAAAGGGAAUGACUCUCCGAAAGAUGAAAACGUCCCCCCAGCUGGUCGCAAGCGGACACACUCUGAAUCUCUUCGCCUGCACUCCCUGGCCGCCGAGGCCCUUGUGGCCAUGCCUACAAGGAUGCCUGAGUUACCUGCCUCCAGCGCCAAGUUCAGUCUCAAGACCGUUUCGUCUCAGGCUCAGAGCGAACAUGUCAGCCAGAGGCUGCUUGAGGUGACAAGUGGACAGAAGACUUCGGACAUCGAGACGACAGCAGCAUUGUUGGACUUGCAGCUUUGCAACGAGGGAAGAGGAGACUUGGGGACAUUGGGCAUUGGAGAAGGAGAUGAGGAAAGUCCCACGACUAAAGCAGGCAUCAGUCUUUCACUGCUCACCGUCAUAGAAAGACUAAAAGAGCGCUCAGACCAAAACGCCUCUGAUGAGGACAUCCUAAAGGAGCUUCUGGACAACGCACAGUUCCAUAAUGGAUCUGUAGCCGGAGCUGUCCCAGAGAAUGGGGCGGAGAGCUACGUGUGUGGCAUUCCAGGGAUGGAUGGGAUGGUUGGUUCACCUGAUGGGAGUUUGGUGGAUUACAUCUCAGGCAGUGAGAGGCCCUAUCGAUGUCGUCUGUGUGACUACAGCAGCAGCAACAAGGGUUACAUUAAACAACACCUCCGAGUGCACAAGCAGAGGGUGCCCUACCAAUGUCCCAUCUGUGAGCACAAGGCUUCAGACAGCAAAGACCUGGAGGAGCACAUGAUCUACCACUGCAAGACCCGGAUGUACCAGUGCAAACAGUGUUCAGAGACCUUCCACUACAAGAGUCAGCUAAGGAGUCAUGAAAGAGAGCAGCACAGCUUCAGCAGUGACAAGACAUCGCUCACAGCAGGCACAGAGCCCAUCACGGAGCAGUUGGAACAAGGAGCCGAGGAAGAAGGCAGCAGGCAGAAGCUGUACAUGUGUGAUGUUUGUAGCUACACCAGCUCCACGUAUGUGGGGGUGAGGAACCACCGACGGAUUCAUAACUCGGACAAACCCUACCGGUGCUGUAGCUGUGACUUUGCCACCACCAACAUGAACAGCUUAAAGAGCCACAUGAGGAGGCAUCCCCAGGAGCACCAGGCUGUGCAGCUGCUGGAGCAGUACAGGUGCUCCCUGUGUGGCUACGUGUGCAGCCACCCCCCAUCGCUGAAAUCCCACAUGUGGAAGCACGCCGGAGACCAGAACUACAACUACGAGCAGGUUAACAAGGCUAUCAACGAGGCCAUCUCCCAGAGCAGCCGAGCUCCUCUGAAGCUUUCUGCGGUUCUGGAGUCGGUAGUGGAGUGUCCGGUGUCGGCCCAGCGCUCCAAAGACAAAGCAGCAAAAACCCAGGCGGAGCCCCUCCCAACGCCCACAUCAGCAGUAAAGGCUGGUGGGUGUGUCGACAGCACCCCGAACCCCCCCACAGACUCUCCACAGGGGCCGGCUGAAUCCCAAAGGGACCCCACACAACCCCAGAACCAGCAGCGCUCCGGCCAGGCCCCAGGCCCGGGUCCCGGUAUGGAAUACUGUGUUCUGCUGUUCUGCUGCUGCAUCUGUGGCUUCGAGUCCACCAGUAAGGAGCGACUGAUGGAGCACAUGAAGGAGCACGAAGGAGACAUCAUCAGCAUCAUCCUCAACAAGGAGCCACAGCCCAGCCUGCAGACAGCAGAGUGACCCGGUCCAGCCCGCUUUUGGGUUAAAACUGUGUCCUAGAACCAGAGGUACCGGGAGGUGGGCCGGCCGCCUUUCCUGGUAGAGUGCUCUGACGUUCAUCCGUUAAUGUUCACAUCAUUUCACUUUAGGAGGUUUUGACCCUGGUUAGAGCAGAACCACACAUCGGCCUCCUAAAGCUGUUUCUGGUCCCACCUGUAAACAUCUGGAUCAUCAGGCAGCUUUCUCGUCGCUACGGAUCACUUGGUGUUUCUGAUCUGACUGAGUCGGGUAGAGGAAGGUUCUAGCUCACCUUUAUCAGUGCCUAAAGCUCUGCCUCCCGCUCCUGCAGCAGCUCAUAUUUAUGUUUUUUAGCUUUUGAGUCACCAGCGUUAGCUUUAGCUUCUCAGCUCUAGCAGUAACUUUAGAUUUGAGCUGUUUUAGGGAAUGUUUCAGAGGGACGGGUGGAGAACCGCCUUUGAAGACAAAAAGGGAAGUUAUCUUUGCUAGAUCUGUUAUUUUGAUCUGACUGUGCCAAGUAUGGGAAAGUAGGAAUACUUUAUUGAAAGAAACACGACUACCGAUGAUUGUGGUGCUAAGUGGAAGGUUGAAUUCGUUUUUGUAUCCUGUUUUUGCCGUAGAUCAUUGUUAAGCUGUUUUCACAAGUGUUUUUGUGUCGAGCCCAACAUGAAACAAUUGCUGCCCCUGUGGGACACUAAAGGACAGGAGUGUGAGUCAGAUGUUUAUUAGAAAGAUGAAUGCAGGCUAAACACCGACAAGACUCGGCAGCAAAUCCAGCGUAUUUCAGAAAAGUGAAUCAAAAUGUCAUGUUUUAUAUACACUUAAAAGUGUUUUUAUUCAUUCAUCAAUAUGAAUAAAAACACUCCCAAGUCAUAGAAAUUA